AUGCGUAGUUGGCGUGGAAUCUACAGGACGUUGAAGUACUUAUUGAAUCCGUUGCACACGUUCAUUCCAUCAACCACCGCGCUGAAUACCACAUGUCCACUUGUUAUUCGCUCCGCCGAGUUUGCUCUUGCAGAUGGCGCUCUCUAUGUCACAGAGGGCGUCACACCUCCACCGGGCAACUUCAUCGAACGCUUUUGGCAGCUCAACGAAGAGGUGCGGAUGAACGGUGGCUCUCCCCAGUUCCUUUCUCGGAUUCUGGUGUUAUUUGAUGUCAAGAGUAAGGUAUCUCACAAAGCUGGGGAUCAAGUAUACAUCACCACUAUGUCACAGCGCGCACGAGUAUCCUUCUACAUCUGCGUAUGUGCUGCCAAUCCAGGCUAUGUAGAGCUCAUCCCCAACCGCUUUGGUGGAAAUGAAUGCCCUGCAAACGAAAGAGGUCGCGAUGUCGCUGUCAAUAUUUCUCGCAAGUCGUCCCUCCCACCAUCAGCAUAUGGUGCCCUAAGUCCGUGCAACUCCCCAUAUCGGAUGCCCAUCGCCUUACUUCCGGAAGCUCUUCAGAACAUAUGCCACUGUGCACGUGGCUCAGGCGACUAUGUCAACCCCUGGACGCGUGUUCGGUUUACUGGUUGGACGCCAUACCUUGAGCACGGGAAUGAUGGUAUGAUGCCAAGAGAAGAUUCACAGUACUUCGCCUCAUUUCUCAGUAUUAUAGAAAUUUGGAGAUGUAUCCGGAAUGCGAACAGGCGUGCUAAGAACGCGAUACCAAUGCAUCUAGGUUUCAUUGAGCACCAGCCUCGCUUGGCAGACUUCAAGCUACUCGUUCCUAGUACUGGAGCGCAUAUGUACUGCCCGCCGCCAAGUAUUUUUGCAGCAUAA